GCGGCUUGUAAAGUUGCGGUUCAUGUCAAAAAAACACAAAACAGGUUUUUACUCUGGCGUGGAUUUACUCGCUCAUUCCAGGAGAACAAUCUGGAUUAUUUCCACGUUUUCAGAGGGGGGUUCAGAUGGACACUUUCGAUGUGAAACAACCAGGAACGGAUACAGGGAGUUAUUUUUCAUGAUGAUGAUGAUGAUGAUGAUGAUUGUUGCGGAAAACCUGUAGAGCACAAUGAGGAUGACCUGGCUGGUGCUGUGCGUCCUGCUGCCGUGCGCGCUCCACGUGUGCCGCGCUCAGACACAGGAAGUGGUUUUGUGUUCUGGGACCAAGAAUGGUCUGAGCACCACAGGAAGCCCAGCGGUGCAGUACAAGCUGAUGAAGGACAUGUACACCGGCUGUGAGAUUGUGAUGGACAACCUUGAGAUUUCCAUGAUGGAACACAACAGAGACUUCUCCUUCCUGAAGUCUAUCAGAGAGGUCAUGGGCCACAUCCUGUUUGCCGUCAACGAGGUUAGUCGACUGCCGCUGGACAACCUGCGUGUCAUCAGAGGUACCAGACUGUAUGGCGGCCAAUUUGCCUUAGCUGUGAUGGUCAACUAUCAGAAAGACGGCCAGUACGGACUGCAGGAACUGGGCCUGACUCACCUUACAGAGAUACUGGAAGGAGGAGUCGCGAUCAUCCAGAAUAAAUUCUUGAGCUACGGCCCGCAGGUGAACUGGCUGGAUAUAGUCAAGAACACAUCGGCUAAAAUUGUCAUCAGCGAAAAUGGUCCUCAAAAACCUUGUGACGAAGCAUGUGGUGACGCACCCUGCUGGGGUCCAGGGAAGGACUCGUGCCAAAUCUUGACCAAGACUGUGUGCGCCCCUCAGUGUAAUGGUCAUUGCUUUGGUCGAAGCCCUAGCGAGUGUUGCCAUGUUGAGUGUGCUGGAGGCUGCACUGGACCGCUGAACACAGAUUGCUUUGCCUGCAGGAACUUUAACAACUCUGGCUCUUGCGUGCCUCAGUGUCCUAAAACCCUCAUCUACAACAAACAUACGUUCCAGCUGGAGCCAAACCCCAAUGCCAAGUACCAGUAUGGCUCCAUCUGUGUGGCCCAGUGCCCCACAAAUUUUGUGGUACAUGGGAGCUCUUGUGUGAGCAGUUGCCCUGCAGACAAAAUGGAAAUGGAGAAAAAUGGUGUGAAACAAUGCGUGCCUUGUGGAGGCCUCUGCCCAAAAGCAUGUGUUGGCACAGGAACUCCAGAGAGACAGACAGUUGAUGCCCUAAACAUUGACAGUUUCAUAAACUGCACUAAGAUCCAAGGCAGCUUGCACUUUCUGGUGACUGGGAUCGAGGGUGAUUCUUAUAAGAACGUACCAGUCCUUGACCCAGAAAAACUCAAAAUCUUUAAAACUGUUCGAGAGAUUACAGACAUUCUCAGUAUCCAGUCGUGGCCCAGCAACAUGUCUGAUUUGUCAGUAUUCUCCAACCUGGAAACAAUUCAAGGCAGAACCCUUUACAGAGGAGUGAGCUCUAGAAGGGGCUACUCUCUGCUAGUGAUGAAGAUCCCAUCUUUGAUGUACCUGGGGUUACGCUCAUUGCGAAGAAUCAACGACGGCAAUGUCUACAUCACAGGCAACAAGAAGCUCUGUUACCACAACACUGUCAACUGGACACGGAUCUUCAGCAGCAGCUCCCGGCCGCAGAGACGUCCAGCCCAACUUGACAUCAAGGAAAACCGAUCACGAAAUAAAUGUGCUGCUGAAGGUCAUGUCUGUGACCCCCUGUGCUCAUCUGAUGGCUGCUGGGGUCCCGGGCCAAACCAGUGUCUCUCCUGUAAGAAUUUUAGCAGAGGAGGAAUGUGCGUGCCGCAGUGCAUGCAUCUAACCGGUGAGCGACGGGAGUUUGUUACGCCGACAGGCGAAUGUAUGCCCUGCCACUCAGAGUGUGAAGUCCAGGAAGGAAAGCCGACCUGCACGGGCCCGGGAGCACAUGAAUGUGUGGCAUGUGCUAAUCUCCGUGAUGGACCGCAUUGUGUGUCCUCAUGUCCAGAGGGUGUGAUGGGAGGGGAAGGAUUCAUCUUUAAAUACCCCAAUAAGCAACGUAAUUGUGAACUGUGUCACAUAAGCUGUACCAAAGGGUGUUUUGGCCCAGGAACUGGUGACUGCGUAGGAUCUUCUCGGUAUAUUUCCAGCCAAACAACCACUGCCAUCGUCCUGGGAGCGAUUGCGCUCCUGUUUGCUACAUUCUCUGUUUUCGUGCUGACGGUCUUGUACCGCAGAGGUCUUGCUAUUCGUCGCAAACGAGCAAUGAGGAGAUACAUGGAGAGCAGAGAAAGUUUUGAGCCAUUGGAUCCUGCUGAGAAAGGGGCCAAAGUUCAUGCUCGGAUCCUGAAGCCCACAGAACUCCGCAAAAUAAAGCUGCUGGGUAGUGGAGUGUUUGGAUCAGUACAUAAGGGCAUUUGGAUUCCUGAAGGAGAUACAGUGAAGCUUCCUGUGGCUAUAAAGACGAUUCAGGAUCGCACUGGACGGCAGACCUUCUAUGAAAUAACAGAUCACAUGCUGACAAUGGGAAGCUUAGACCACAUUAACGUCAUUAGGAUCUUGGGCAUCUGUCCUGGUGCCGGCCUGCAACUCGUUACCCAGCUUAGCAGCCAAGGCUCCCUGCUAGAACAUGUCAGGAACUACAAGAACAAGCUCAGCCCUCAGAGGCUGCUCAACUGGUGUGUUCAAAUUGCAAAGGGUAUGUACUACCUGGAGGAGCACAGGAUGGUCCACAGGAAUCUGGCAGCCAGAAAUGUGCUUCUGAAAAAUUACACCGCCCAGGUGUCAGACUACGGCAUUGCAGACCUUCUUGACCCUGAUGACAAGAAGUACUUUUUUAAUGAGGCUAAGAGACCAGUCAAAUGGAUGGCCUUGGAGAACAUCUUGUUUCGCAGAUAUAGUCAUCAAAGUGAUGUCUGGAGUUAUGGUGUGACAAUAUGGGAGAUGAUGUCCUAUGGAGCAGAGCCCUAUGCAAACAUGAGUCCUCAAGAAGUUCCUGAUCUGCUGAUUAAAGGCGAGCGUCUGUCUCAGCCCCAGAUUUGCACAAUAGAUGUCUACAUGGUUAUGGUCAAAUGUUGGAUGAUAGAUGAGAAUGUCCGGCCAACUUUCAAGGAGCUGGCCAACGAAUUUACCAGAAUGGCAAGAGACCCACCUCGGUACCUGGUGAUAAAAGAGGACAGCAGCCAGCAAGAUCCAGCCGGAGAUGAAGUUGCACAACGAAGUGCUGACUUGGAUGAUAUAAACUUUGAACUGGAGGACUUGGAGGGCGAUGAGCUGAAUUUUGGGAUGACAUCGCCCCACUACCUUUCUCAGUCCAGGAGUCUCCGCUGCCUCUCCAGGGUGGAUGCUCCCAAAGUGGUUGUGACUCCCCCAACUAUGGCUGGAUAUCUGCCGAUGACCCCAGGUGUUGACAACCAAGGACAGGGUUUGUGUCAACCACGAUCUCGACUCGACUCGGCACGCACUAUGUCUGAGAGCUCCGAAGGGUGCGGCACAGUGCUGGAGAUGGAAAAUAGUGAGGACCUGUCCUUUGCAGGCAGUCUGCAAAGAAAACGUCAUUGUGAAGACAGUGCCUAUAUAUCGCAGAGGGACUGUUCAUCCGGUGGGCCACCAGAGACCCCAUCUCCCGAGAUGGAGGAGGAAGAAGACCAGAAUGGAUACGUGCUCCCUGGAGAGAGUCCAGAGAGAGAUACUCUACUCUCAAUAUCUCGAGCCACUUCUGGCAGGAUAAGCAAGCCUCUUUUGCCAGGACUUGUGACUGAACCAGAUGAUGAAGAAUACGAGUAUAUGAACAAACAGAUAAGUCUGUCACCCAGAUAUAACCGCUAUGUGAAGGACGGCACCAACCGGGUGAACCCCAACAAAAACCAACCCCCCAGUAUAUUGGCACAAGGAAGACCAUCCCAAGGAGACGCCGCACCGUAUGUAGAGGUCAGGGGAGCUCACACAGGUGAUAAGCUCCCAAACCAUAACUCCCGUUCAGAUCAGCAGGGAUUUCAGCAAAUUGAAUAUGAAUACAUGGACAUCAGGAGCAGUGACAAAGAAGAAAGCCCUCCAGCACAUGGACUUUCUCCUCUCGCAUCAUCUCAGCUGACAAGAGAAGACAAGGAAGAGGAGGAUGAAUAUGUGGAGGAUGGCAAUUAUCACUACACAAAUAGACAGCCAAAACUGAGACGGUGCCUGCAAGACAAGAAGGAUAUGCAGACUCGGGGAGUGAAUGAGACGUGUGAGUAUGAAGACAUGGAAUGCCUUGCUGGUGCUCAGCUGGGUGAUGUGGUGGUGUACCAAAACAUGCAAAGGGAAAGGGAGGGUGCAGGAAAGGCCACAGAGGCUCAGCAGUCUGGAUGUGAUCCCUAUGUAAAAGUGCGAGCUGGGUUUGGGGUUGGGGAACCUGCUCCUGGGGAUCAUUCAUUUGACAAUCCAAACUACUGGCAUAGCAAGAUGUUCCUAAAGCCCAAAGCUGCAGUGCCUUCAUGAAGAAACUGAUAAACUAUGUGAACUUCCCUUUGAACUGUAUUAAUGAAGGGCCUUAAGCAGGAGUGCAGCCAAAAAUCACUUUCAGUGCUGCCUAUAACACCGUUAAAAAACAAA